GUAUUUUUUCGUAGGAAAGCGCCCAGCGGGAAGCAAACAUAGGCGCGGACAACACACCGCACAACAGCCUUCAACACCGUAUCACCGAUUCGCCUGCCGUGCAAUGGCCGCAGAUUUUACGAUUGCUCACUUGCGCACUGUUACAAGCCGGCGACCUGCAUUAGCUCGCUGCCUGAGCAAUGCCUCUGUAUCGCCGUCCACAUUUAGGACCAGCCACGAAAACAGCCUCACGAACAGAAAACACACAUCUUCUUGAUGCGUUCUUGGGCUAUGUCGCGACAUUCUUCCACGGCCGCCAACAACAGAUUCAAAACAGGACCAUUGCCAUGUCAGUACGCGCGUUACAAACUUCCCGGACCCGACGACCGCUCGUCUUGGUCUCGAAUUGGGGCACAGCACGGGUUGUCCGAGAUGCGACAGAACUCCGCGACGGCCAGAUCCAGCAACUUGGCGGUACUCAGCCCUCUCGCCGAUACUUCCACAACUACUUCGUGACGCACCUCCCGUCGUCCUCGCUACACCCCGAUUCCCGCUCGUCGGCCGGUCCAGGCCACAAGCUCCCACGAUCCGCCUCGACUCCUCAUACCCCAGACGCAGGCUCUGCCCCGGCUGCCGCACCGCCGAACAUGCCCAGUCGGGAUUUGACAGUCGUUCGAAUACCCCUACGCAGCGCCAAGCAUCACUUCGGCGCCUCAAACUCCCGCGGCCAGCGCGUCUCCAAUGAAGACACGUACCAGGCCGGGACCAUCCACAUUCCCGCCUUUGCCAAGAGGGUACCCAUCAGCCUGGUGCGGCACCAGGCGGCGAGGACGGCGGCGGCAGGCGAGGGCACAAGUGCCGCCAGCGCAUUGGGUGACCCCCAGGUCUUCUACUUUGGCAUCUUCGACGGACACGGCGGAAGUGAGUGCAGCGAGUUCUUGCGAGAUGAGCUGCACGGGUACAUCGAGCAGGCCGCCGCCGAGUUUGGGCUCAAGAGCAGCCUGAAGCGGGAACCCGGUGCCCCCGACUCCAUGAGGGAGCCCGAGGCCAUGACUCCCCAGCGAGAGAUCGCGCAUCAUAUCCAGGAGCAACAGCCCCAAGAGACUGUGGCGGACGACUCCGACGCCUGUAAACUCGAAUCCGACCUCCUCGCCGAGUACAAGCGCACAAUAGGCGGCUACUUCCGCCGCUUCCGCCCCAACUACUUCUCCGUCCCGAUGGCCCCCUCCACCCGCGAACCUUCCGCCCUACCCUUCUCCCCCGACCAACAACAACCCCACCCCCAUCAACCACACCGCGUAACCCUCGAAUCAGUCCUCACCUAUGCCUUCCUCCGCGCUGACCUAGAUUUCGUCACCGCUCAGGCGCGUAAGCCCGACCCAGACGACCCCUACGUCUCCGACUUCCCCCUCAACAAAGACGAAAUUCUCGGCUCACCCCACUUGCCCCCCUCUGGUCAUGGCAUCGGCGGAACCACACGCUUCAAAGGCGGUUCCACCGCUUCAAUCGCCCUGAUCUCGACGCCCACCCCAGCUCCCUUCUGGCACCCAGCCGCGCACUCCACCCUGGUCGUCGCCCACGUCGGCGACACACGCAUCCUGCUCUGCGAGACGGCCACGGGCUUGCCGUUGCCGCUCACGCAGGACCACCGCCCCUCCUCGCCCGCCGAAUCAAGACGGCUGACGCGCUAUGUCUCCGACUCGCUGGUGACGGAUUCGUUCGGCGAGGAGCGGAUCCAGGGGCUUGCGAACAGCCGGGCGUUUGGCGACAUGCAGAGCAAGCGCAUCGGGGUGUCGGCCGAGCCGGAUUUUUCGCGUGUCGACCUGAAGCCGGCCGAGUUUUCGUUCCUUGUGCUUGCGUCGGAUGGGGUGAGCGGCACGCUGAGCGACCAGGAGAUUGUGGAUGUCAUCAAGGAGGCGCGCACGCCGGAGCAAGGGGCCCGCAAGGUGGUCGAGUACGCGACUGAGGUGAGCGGGGAUGGGGAUAAUGCGACGUGCCUUGUUGUGAGGCUCGGCGGGUGGGAGAGGAGGGAUGAGGGCGGGGUGGGCAGUUUGGGGACGAGGGAGAUGCGGGAGAUGAGGAGGAGCGAGGCUUUGGAUCCGAGACGGAGGGGGAGAUAG